CAGGGACCGAAGUCAGUGACCAGCUCAGCCCUUCGGAGAUACACCAGGGGAGCGGGGAAAAGGAGACUGAAAAAUACAAGGCAGAGAAACAUCAUGAUGAAGCUUCAAGUCGUCUGCGUGAUUCUCAUCCUCGUCAUCACUGCUAAAAACUCCUGCUGCUUCCAGGGCCAGACAGCAAAUGCUGCUGGUUUGUUAACGCAACAAAUGGAAACCAAAGAAGAAACUCAGGGUCUGCAGGCCCUGCUCCAGAGAGCCAAGCGCCACAACAGCCACUUCCCCAUCUGCACCUACUGCUGCAAGUGCUGCCGCAACCAGGGCUGUGGCUUCUGCUGCCGCACCUGACCAGCCGGCCGCGGCCGGACCACGGCAGCGCUCGGGGGCGCCGUCACCUCCAGCCACGCCCAGCCCGGCUCCCCCCGCUGCCCCCGGCACUGCUGCCUCUCCCCUCUGCCCCACCCCGCCUUAUUUAUUGCUCCGUUUGCUUCGGUGUCUCUUUGUUAUUGGACAUUAAACGUGGUUUUUAAAGUCA